CCUGACACAUGCAAACACAGGCAAAUGAGGGGCACGGAGGGAAGAGGAUCGAGAGCCUUUUGUUAUCAGACAGCAAAUCAGACAGCAAAUCAGCUGCUGAAGGAUCAUAUAAGCUUGAAGAAACCUCAUUAAAAAGGAAUAACAGAACAGAGAAAGAAAAACAGUCAACAAAAUUGCUCUAGAGCCUCUGAUACUGAAUUAAUCUGAGCAACAUGGAGUACACAUUCAGAGCAAUAACUCACAGCCCUGGGAUUAUAAUCUGGAGAAUCGAGAAAUUGGAGCUGGUACAAGUCCCUAAGAAAGCGUUUGGAAGCUUUUAUGAUGGGGACUGUUACAUACUUCUGUCUACACAGAAGGUGAGCAGCUCUCUUUCUUAUGAUCUCCACUACUGGAUUGGCUCACAGUCCUCUCAGGAUGAACAGGGUGCAGCAGCUGUUUAUACCAUACAGAUGGAUGAAUUUCUGGGGUCCACUCCGGUCCAGCAUCGCGAAGUUCAGAACCACGAGUCUGAUGCCUUCAGGGGAUACUUCAAACAAGGAAUAAUCUAUAAGAAAGGGGGAGUUGCAUCAGGUAUGAGGCACACUGAAACCAACACCUAUGACGUUAAGAGACUGCUUCAUGUCAAAGGGAAGAAAAGAGUGAUUGGCACCGAGGUGGAAAUGAGCUGGAUGAGCUUCAACCUUGGAGAUGUGUUUUUGUUGGAUAUUGGAAAGAUCAUUGUUCAGUGGAACGGACCAAACAGUAACAAACAGGAAAAACUUAAGGGCAUGUUGUUGGCCAAAGACAUCAGAGACAGAGAGAGAGGAGGUCGGGCGGAGAUCAAACUGAUCGAGGGAGAAGCAGAGAGCAACUCUCCGCAGAACAUGGACAUCCUGAAUAAUGUUCUCGGAGAAAGAACAUCCCAGCUGACAGACGGACCUUCUGAUGAAAUCACGGACCAGAAACAGAAGGCCAAACUCACUCUUUACCAUGUGUCCGAUGCUGAUGGCCAGAUGAAGGUGACAGAAGUUGCUAGCAGACCACUGGUUCAGGAUCUCCUCAACCAUGAUGACUGCUACCUCCUGGACCAGGGAGGGGCGAAAAUCUUUGUAUGGAAGGGAAAGAAGGCAAACAAAGCUGAAAGACAGGCUGCUAUGGCCAGAGCUUUGGAAUUUAUCAAAGUCAAAAACUACCCCACCACUACGAAUGUGGAGACAGUGAAUGAUGGCGCAGAGUCGGCUCUUUUCAAGCAGCUGUUCCAGAGGUGGACAGUUAAAGACCAGACUCAAGGUCUGGGCAAAGGGUACACAAGAGGAAAAGUGGCACACGUCACACAGGAGAAAUUUGACGCUUCUCUGAUGCACGUGAUGCCAGAAGUUGCUGCACAAGAGCGAAUGGUGGACAAUGGCACUGGUCAAGUAGAGGUCUGGAGAGUUGAGAAUCUAGAGCUAGUCCCUGUGGACCCUCAGCGGCAUGGAUACUUCUAUGGAGGAGACUGCUACCUCAUCCUCUACACUUACUUGGUUAACAACAAGCAGUGUUACCUGCUCUACAUUUGGCAGGGGCGCCAUGCAACAAACGAUGAACUGGCAGCUUCAGCAUUUCAGGCUGUGGACUUGGAUCAGAAGUAUGGUGGGCAGCCAGUCCAAGUGAGAAUAACCAUGGGCAAAGAACCAAGACACUUCAUGGCUAUUUUCAAGGGUAAACUGGUCAUCUUUGAGGGGGGCACAUCUAGAAACGGAACCUCAGACCCAGAGCCUCCGACGAGACUGUUCCAGGUCCACGGCUCUGACCCAUCCAACACAAAAGCCAUUGAGGUUCCAGCCCUGGCCACCUCUCUCAACUCCAAUGAUGUGUUUUUGCUAAAGAGCCAGGAAUCAGGAAUUUUUCUGUGGUGUGGAAAGGGAUCAAGUGGAGAUGAGAGGGCCAUGGCGAAGGAGGUCAGCUCUGUGAUUGGCCUGAGCUGCUCAGAGGAGAUUGUAGCAGAGGGUCAGGAGCCCAUUGAAUUCUGGGAAUUGCUCGGAGGCAAAGCCCCGUAUGCCAGUGACAAGAGACUACAGCAGAUGGUUUUAGACCACCAGCCACGUCUGUUUGAAUGCUCCAAUAAGACAGGCCGUUUCAUUGUAACUGAGGUGACUCAGUUCACGCAGGAUGACCUCAACGAGGCUGAUGUCAUGUUACUGGACACGUGGGACCAGGUAUUUCUCUGGACUGGAGACGAGGCAAAUGAGGUUGAGCGCAAAGAAGCAGUGCUCACAAGCCAAGAGUACCUGCACACCCACCCGGGCAACAGAGAUCCAGACACCCCCAUCAUCCUGGUCAAGCAGGGUUUUGAGCCGCCCACCUUCACUGGGUGGUUCACAGCCUGGGAUCCCUCCAAAUGGAGUGGAGGAAACAGCUAUGAAGAGAUGAAGAAACAGCUGGGAGAUGUAGUGUCACCUGUUCAUGUUACAAUUGAGCAGAACUUUGUUGAAAGUGAGAAAAACUAUCCAUCCUUUCCACUUGAAGCUCUGGUCAACAAGCUCCCGAACGAGCUGCCUGAAGGUGUCGACACAACCCAGAAAGAGAAGUACCUCUCCGACUCAGACUUCCGCGACGUAUUUGGCAUCACCAAAGAUGACUUUGUCGGGCUGCAACCAUGGAAACAGCUGAACAUGAAGAAAGAAAAAGGGAUGUUUUGAUAUUUUAUUGUUUUUUAAAGGUAAAGCCAACAUGAUUCUCUUUUUGUGUUCCCUCCCCUUGUUGACAUUCCACUUCAGUGUAAUCUCUUUGUUAAUCUAUUUCAAGAGGGCAGUUUCUGUUCAUGCCCUGAAUAUGAUGUGAUUCAUACAUUGUCACGUCAAAUAACUGUAAUACCAGUCUUUUUUUUCUUCAUUAUUAGUGUGUUGACCCGUAGCUCUUGUAAUCAGCUCUCAGUAAUUAUUAGUAAUAAUUAUUUGAAAUCUCAGUAUGACAAUAUGAAAACUGUAUUGCGUGUUCUCCUGUGUGUGAACAAUAACCAUACCUUUAAAAGUAGAAAAUGCUGUAAAAUACAGCAGUAAAAUACAUUUAUUUUAACAAACCCAGCACAACUACAAAUUGUGUGUAACUUUUAUUAACCUUGAGCUCAGUCAGUGUUGACAGCACUGAUUUCUUUAUAUAUAAGGAUCUACUUUGCCAUCUGCUGGCCAAAUAAUGUUACAACACGGCAGGUAAAAAUACACGAGGAAACAAAAUUAAAAGUUUCAAGUCAGUUUAAAACUUCUUUCACUUAUCAGCAGGAGCACGCAGAGAGCAGCUUCACUUCUGGUGGAUUGAUAGACAUGAUCUGGUAAUUAUGGCUUAAAGUUUUAAAAGUUAAAAGACAGAGGCAUUAAGAUGCCAACUGAUUUAAUUUGCAUUUAUUUAGUUGACGUUUGAGACAGUGGUAGAUAUUAAUGUCACUGAGUAAUGUGAAUGAUAUUGUCAUUAGGUGAAGGUUUUUUGUUUGGAAUAUUUUUCAACAAAAUAUUUUUUGAAAAUUUCACAAACAUUAAAUGCCUUCACUUUUGUUAUAAGAUGUAAACCUUAACAAUUUAGAUUUCUUUACACUCUUGGAAAAUGAAGAUCACCAAAUUAGCUUUCAGCAGUUCCUUUUUGCUAUGCAUCAUUUGACGUACUGACAAAAAUCACUGAAUUAAUUUGAUAUUGCAGAAAACUAAAAAACCUCUCAUCAUUGAGAUCAGGAUCUCUUCGUUAGGUUUUGUCAGAUUACAGAUAUCUUGUUGCUCAGAUAGUAAGUACAACCAAAUCAGUCUGUUUAAAAUGUAUUUUUAAAACCCUGCUCUGGCAUUAAUCUUAUCAUAAUAAACUGCUCCAAGAUGUCAAGGACCAUUACAGUUUUUUCACCUGCAUCUUUAAAACACAAGUUGAAGAGACUUUUUACAUCAAAUUUCUGUUCAAUUACCUGGAUCAGUUCAAAAUUUGUAGAUCCAAAAGUGAAGCCGCAUUUUAGCAGCCUGUGAUGCUUAUUCCUCUUAUGGUGUGAAUACAGGUUGUGGUCAUGCAUAUAUUUAACAAUAGACAACUCAAGUCACCAGCCAACACCAGCAUUAUUAACUCUUUUUAUUUUGAUAUGUCUGGAAUGUAAUUUCAGGUACAAGUAUAAAUUUGUAAUUUACUGUUAAAUCUGAACAUUCAAGUCAAAAAAAUGUUUAGACCCAUAAAACAUUGAAUUAUGCUGA